GGCGGAAGCGGAAGCGCGCCAUGGCGUCGGUGGUGCUGAGCGAGGCGGAGAAGCUCUACAUCGUGCACGGCGUUCAGGAGGACCUUCGUGUAGAUGGCCGCGGCUGCGAGGACUACAGGUGUGCUGAGGUGGAGACAGAUGUUGUAUCGAACACAAGUGGAUCUGCGAGAGUGAAGCUGGGACACACUGAUAUUUUGGUAGGCGUAAAAGCUGAAAUGGGUGCACCAAAGUUGGAGAAGCCAGAUGAAGGCUACCUGGAAUUCUUUGUUGACUGUUCUGCAAAUGCUACUCCUGAAUUUGAAGGCCGGGGAGGAGAAGAGCUUGGCACAGAGAUAGCAAAUACCCUCUACAGAGCGUUUAGCAGUGAGAGCUGCAUAGAUUUGAAAUCACUUUGUAUUAAUCCCAGAGAGCACUGCUGGGUUCUCUAUGUUGAUGUUUUGUUACUGGAAUGCGGUGGGAACCUUUUUGAUGCGAUCUCUCUGGCAGUGAAGGCAGCUCUCUUCAACACAAGAAUACCAAAAGUGCGUGUUUUGGAGGUGGAAGAAGGCUCUAAGGAGAUUGAGCUCUCUGAUGACCCCUACGAUUGUAUUCGACUCAACGUGGACGAGGUGCCCUGCAUCGUCACGCUGAGCAAAAUUGGGUAUAGGCAUGUGGUGGAUGCCACCCUUCAGGAAGAAGCCUGUUCUUUGGCCAGCCUGCUUAUUUCUGUGACCAGCAAAGGUGCUCUCACUUGUAUGAAGAAAGUGGGGAAAGGCAGCCUUGAUCCAGAGAGUAUCUUUGAAAUGAUGGAGACAGGAAAGAGAGUAGGCAAAUCAUUGCACACAUCCCUACAGAAGAUUUUGGAUGAAGAGGAGAGUUUGGGAACCACACGGCAAAAAGUUGGAUUUCUAGGAUGAGUUUUUAUUAAAUGUUCAAAGGUUUUCUAAUUCGAUUGUGCAAUCUUGUCUGUUUUUAUAUGGAAAAAGGAUAUUUUUGUUCCAGUACCUGCACCCUUCCAGCUAAGAGGCUUCUAAAAUGUUCCUAGGCCUAAGGAAAGCUACGCUGAAGUGUGAAUAAGCAAAUUUGUGGUGCUUUCCACCUACAUGGGUGUCUGCACAUAAGAAGCACGGCAAGAGCAAUAGAUGCAAUUCCUGGGAAUUGC